AUGGCGCCGAAACGCAAGACGUCCGACGCCGACGUUGACAGCAAACCCAACGGGUCUCACGCAAACAAGAAAGGCCGCACCAACCUGCGAGAGCCCCAUCCCAAUGCGAAGCAGACCGAGGACUUUGGAAUCGUCCUGCGUGAAUUUUACCCUCCCGAGAUGAGCAAUGAGCGAUGCCAGGCGUACAACGAUGGGACCAUCGAACGGCCCAUUGAAACACUGGAAAAGGCAUGCCGGGACACGGCCGACCAGCGCCGUUCCAUCAACGCUGGUAAAGCUGUGGUCCAUUGGUUCAAGAACGAUCUACGACUUCAUGAUAACCGGGCCCUUCAUACCGCCUUCACAAUCGCCCGCGAUCACCAAAUACCCCUCAUCUGUCUCUACAUCGUCUCGCCAGAGGACUUUGAAGCCCAUCUCACCAGUCCGGCGCGGGUGAACUUUAUCUUACGGACCUUGGAGCGACUACAACGGGACCUGGCCGAGGUGGACAUUCCGCUCUACAGCGAGACGCAAGAGAAGCGGAACAGGAUUCCGAGCCGGGUGGUUGAACUCUGCCAGAAAUGGGGAGCUAAACAUCUCUGCGGAAAUGUCGAGUACGAGGUGGAUGAGCUGCGGCGCGAUGCCAAACUCGUACGACUGUGCGCCGAGAAUGAGAUUGAUUUUGCACCCACGCCAGACACUUGUGUUGUCACACCGGGUGCCCUGAGCAGUCAGCAGGGCAAACAAUAUGCUGUCUAUACCCCUUGGUUCCGCUCCUGGCUGGCCUUUCUUAAAGAGAACCCAGACUACCUCGAGCUGUCCGAGGAACCGGGAUCUAACCUGGGCGACGCGAGAAAGACAUUCGCCGACUUGUUCGACUGUUCAAUUCCGACUGCCCCGAGGAGCAAGCAAUUGCCCGGCGACGAAAAGGUGCGAUUUGAGAAACUCUACCCGGCUGGCGAGCACGAAGCUACGCAGCGCCUGGAGAAAUUUCUGGAGGAGAAGGCCACGAAGUACGACGAGAUGCGCAGUGACCUGUCCGGGGAAUACACGUCGAUUCUCAGUCCAUACUUUGCAUGUGGAGCUCUGAGCGCGCGUACUGCGGUGGUGACGGCCAAGCGGCUAAACAAGAAUUGGCUCGAUCGUGGCAACCAGGGCUAUGUGAGCUGGAUCAGCGAGGUGGCCUGGCGGGACUUCUACAAGCAUGUCCUGGUCCACUGGCCGUUUAUCUGCAUGAACAAGUGCUUCAAGCCCGAGCAUACCAACAUCGAGUGGGAGUACGAUGCCGACCAGUUCCAGGCGUGGUGUGACGGCAAGACAGGCUUCCCCAUUGUUGACGCGGCGAUGCGGCAGAUUCGCCAUUGCGCAUGGAUGCACAACCGUACUCGCAUGGUGGUCUCCUCCUUCCUCUCGAAGGACCUGCUGAUCGAUUGGCGCCGCGGCGAGCGUUACUUCAUGGAGCAUCUGAUCGACGGCGAUUUCGCGUCGAACCAUGGCGGGUGGGGGUUUGGCUCGAGCACUGGUGUCGAUCCCCAGCCCUACUUUCGCAUAUUCAACCCGCUGCGCCAGAGCGAGCGCUUCGACCCGGACGGCGAAUACAUUCGGCGCUGGGUGCCCGAGCUGCGCGACAUCCAGGGCAAAGCAAUCCACGAUCCGUACAGCACCAAGGAGGCGGCGGCCAUUGCGGAGAAGCAGGGAUAUCCCCGGCCGAUCGUGGACCAUGCGGACAGCCGGGCGCGGGCGCUGGAACGGUAUAAAAGGGCGCUGCAUGGGUGA